AUGGUGACUAUGAACAACACGCUGGAAGAAGGAGACGAAGGCCUUUCCAUAGGUCCAAAUGGAAGUGCGUCCCCAAAAAAGGUUGAUAGGACAGGGCCUAAACCAAGUUCACCUGCCCUGGAUGUUGAUCAGGCAGGUGCUGAUGAACUGAAAGAAGCUUCAGAACAAGACAAACCUGGACUAGAAUCUAUUUUACACGAAGACAAUGAUUCUGAUGAUAGUGAUGAAGAUAAACUUGUUAUUCACUCAGACCUUGAAGGAGCUGACCAUGUUAGGCCUAGGCCUAGUCGUAAGGGUCAUGCCAAGCCUGUUCGAAGUGAGCAAGUUUCCCCUAGAAGAUCAACAAAUUUCACAUCUCCCAGAAGGCGGCAAAGAGGACAAGUAAAGAAACCUGAGCCCCUUGAAGAACAAUGCCAUGGUGCAGCACCCAAUAUUCCUGUUGAUGAAGAGAAUUCUGGGCAUGGACCUGUAGACCCAGCUUUAAAUGAAACUGGUUCUCCACAGUCUGCAUUCCAGGAGUCACAUGGAAGAAUGGGAUCUUCCAAGGAACAAGUAUGUGAGGUAGUGAAUUACAGAAAAGUUCAAAGGAACCAGGUGUUGGAGCAAUCUCAGGAAGGAAAUGAAUCUGCUGGUGCUGGUGUUGUGAUGAAACCUAGUGAACGAUACGCAAGGAGAAAGACAUUGGAUAAUUCACAAUUGGCCCAAGAAGAAGGCAAAAGUCGGUAUGGAAGAGUGAGGAAACCCAAGACUGAUGAUGACUUUAUUGUAGGCAAACCUGCUCAUCAAGUAAUAGGCCAAGGCCUAUCACGUGGGUCUGUUGUGCCUGAGGAUGUGGCGUCUGGUGGGAGGAAACGAUCUGUGUCUCAAGGUAGAAGAGGAUCAAAAGUUCAGCGUGAAGAAGUGGGAAGCAAUCCCACAUUAGCUGAGCCAGUUACGCCUGUAGUGCAUAGGCCAAGACCUUUCCGGUCAAGUACAGGGCAAUCUCUGAACAAUGGCCCUGACAAAACUGAGAGACAGGAUGCUGAAAAGUGUCCUGAGAACCAUGAGGAUAGUCUGAAUGAUUCCCAAGACAUUUUUAAUUCAGAGGAGGAUGAUGUGGAUGCCCUGCAUCAUUCUCCCGGAGACCUGGUCUGGUCAAGAUUACAGGGGUACCCAUACUGGCCCAGUUUGAUCUGCCGAGAUCCAGCUGAUGAUACAUACAUGAGAUUUCGUGGUCCUAUUGGAAGAGACACACAGAAUACACAACUUUUUCAUGUCUACUUCCUGGGAGAUCGUGGUCGCCACAAUUGGGUGUCUGCCAAGCCCAUGUUGCCCUAUGAAGGCUUGUCAAAACUGCACAAAAAAAAGCAAGAGGAGCAGGAUAAGCUACCAGGACAUGCAGGUGGAAGGUGGGCCAAGGCCAAGAGGAAAGGAAAAGGAAAAGGAAAGAAGUUUGGUGUGAACCAAGCCCAGAUAAGCCUGAAAAAAGCAUUUACCAUCCCACCUCGACUAACCCAGUUCUUCAGUGAGGGAGUUGAUGAAGCUGACAGAAUGAUCCAUCUCAGCAGAAUUCUCAUACAAGAUUUUGAACUAAAGAAAGCUGCCAACUAUUCUGAUAGGGAGGACAGACUGAAAACACUUAGGAAAUAUAUUGCCAAGCCAAAAAGACGGCAAUCUGAGAGGCCUUCCAGUCCAGAAAGUGAAUAUCCUCCUGAGGUGAUUACAAGCAAUGAUGUUGAUGCAUCCCCCAAGAAGCAGAGGCGCAAAAAGUCCUCAGUUGUAAAUCCUGAAAUAUCAGAAACUCCUUCCGAUUCAGCACAAGUCUUGUUGGCCAAAAGACCUGAGCGUCGACACACACAUCAUGGAAUCUUGACAUCUGAUGGUGCAACAAACCCUGUGAAGGAAGCUUCAGAAGACAGUCAGCCUCUUGUGCCAAAGGAUCAGGAGGUCCAGCCACCAGAUGAUGAGAAGUUUGAAGUUUUCCGCCGGUGCCAUUGGAGUGACACUGUCAAAAUAUUCCAAGAUUUUCCUGAAGAGGAAGUCUUUCAGUACUUGGUCAAUAAAUGGAAAAACAUGAGCAAGAAGGAAAGAAUGGCAUAUGUUCAUGGUGGCAGCAUUGAAUCUGCAGGUGAAGAGAAAGAGAACAAGAUAGGGAAGGGCAAUCGACGGAAAAGCAGCCUCGGUGCUCCUAAACAUCGUGUCCUUCGUGAAAUAGCCUCUCCAGAAGAUGGUGAAAGUGAGAGCAAUAGUGAUGCAGAUAGUGUCUUCAAGAGUCAGAAAGUCUCAGUCAAUCGUCUUGAGAAAGUCUGUCACAUUUGUGAGAAAGUGAUAGAAAAUGUGGUCGACAUGGUCAAGUGCAAAGGCGUCUGUUGUCGCACCUUCCACUCGGGCUGCAUUCAAACGAAUGGUGAAGACUAUAAAUGUCCCUCGUGUGAAGUAGACCGCCCUCCAUGCUUUAUCUGCAAGAAUGAUGAGGGUGGAUCACUAGUCUGCUGUGAAACUUGUCCAGCUUCAUUCCAUGUGGACUGUCUCCCAUAUACACCUGAUGAAGGAAACUUCUUUUGUGAAGAUUGUGAAUCAGGGAAGAUGCCAUUGUAUGGUGAUGUUGUUUGGGUGAAAGUUGGCAAUUACAGGUGGUGGCCCGGACGAGUGAUUCAUGAAUCAGUACUUCCUCGAAAUGUGGCAAACCUUCCACACCAGCAUGGAGACUUCCCAGUGUUCUUUUUUGGGUCGAAAGAUUUCUAUUGGGUCAACAGAGGUCGGGUGUUCCUCUAUGAAGAAGGAGAUUCUGCUGGUGUCCGUGGUAAAAACUCAUCUGCCCUGGAGAAGGCAUUUGAUACUGCUGUUGUGGAAGCAAGAGAUAUGUUUGAAAAGAGGCGAAUAGAGAAAGCUCUCUAUGCUUCAAAGAUGUCUGAGAAACUCUUACAGAAACCACCUCCAUACGUGAAGCUGAAGACAAAUAAGCCAGUUGGAAAGGUGAAAGUUAUAGAGGUGGAUCCUUCGACUCUGACUCCGUGUGACUGUGAUCCAAAUGAUGCUGCACCUUGUACUGAUAGCUGCAUAAAUAGGAUGCUUCUGAUGGAAUGUCAUCCAGCUGUAUGCAGGGCAGGUCCGAAAUGCAGGAAUCAGCGUUUUCAAAAGAGGGAAUAUCCACCUCUUCGGCCGUAUCUAACUGAAGGCCGUGGCUGGGGCCUUCAAGCGCUUGCUCCCAUUCCCAAAGGAGAGUUUGUGAUUGAGUAUGUUGGAGAACUGAUUGAUGAGAAGGAGUAUCAACAACGUAUGGCUUUGAAACAUCGUACCAAGGAUGAGAACUACUACUUCCUCACCAUCGAGAAGGAUCGGAUAAUUGAUGCGGGUCCUAAAGGGAAUCAUGCUCGAUUCAUCAAUCACUCGUGUCAGCCUAACUGUGAAACUCAGAAGUGGACUGUCAGUGGGGACACUAGAGUGGGGCUCUUUGCCAAUCAGGACAUUCCAGCCUUGGCAGAACUGACUUUCAAUUACAAUCUCGUUGCAUUUUGUGCCGAGAAGAAGAUGUGUCAAUGUGGAGCUCCCAAUUGCAGUGGAUAUAUAGGUGUAAAGUCAAAGGUGUCAGAGGCCAUUUUGGAUGAGAAAGGAAAAGGGAACGGAGUGAGAGGAAGAAGGAGGAAAAAGGGUGAAGAAAAUGGGAAGCGAAAACCAAGGAAGAAGUUUGAAUCCGAAUGCUUUCGCUGUGGAGAACCUGGUGAACUUCUACUCUGUGACUAUAGAUCCUGUCCAAAGGCUUAUCAUCUCGUCUGCCUCCAGUUGGACGUCUCUCCUCAUGGAAAGUGGUGGUGUCCUUGGCAUCAUUGUGAUGAGUGUGGGGGUCGUGCCAUCAACUUGUGCAAUUUCUGCCCGAGUUCCUUCUGCGCUGAGCACAGUGAAGGAAACAUCACCCAAGUACCUCCCUUGGGAAUGGUGUGUGGUGAGCAUGAUAAUGAAGAAGUCCAGGAACUGAAGAACUACUUGGACGAGCAUCCGGAAGAAGCAGCUAAAGACAAGGAAGACUGCCCCAUGCAGCCGGACUCUGACCCACCCUCGGCCUCCGACGCGGAGACCUCGGACGCGGAGCCCCCGACCCCGAAAGCGAAGGGGACGCGGAAGAGGCAGGCGACGGGUCAUUCGGGGCGAGGGAGGAGGAAGAGGAGGAGGAAGUCCCACCCGUGACGACCGAGGGGGGAGGGAGUCCCACCCGGGAUGACGGCAGGAGAUGACUAAACGCUUAAGGUCCGACGAGGGCCACGUUCCUCGAUGUUUGAAUGAAUGUUACAAUCGCGUACUUGUUUUAAAUCUGUCAAAUAUGCUCCGUCUGUUUCUGUAGCCUCA